CUCCGACUCACAUUCUCGAUUCCUCUAUACUCCCUGCAUCCUCCCAUUCCGCGUAAAACCGUAACCCGACGCUCCUCGGACGACAGCAGACUCGCAUCCGGAACACCAGGACAAUCGGCUUUGAAAACAACCUCAGCGGAAACGAAUCAGUAUUAACCGCUCUGCGACCCAUCGACCAGCCGCAAAGCAAAUCUCGAACCCCGCCCCCUUUCCUGAUUACUACCUUUCAACAUGCCUAGAUUCUACGAAAACAAGUACCCCGAGGUGCGCAAAGAGUCUACUGGUUUUGGAGGACGGGACGGAGGCUGACUUGGCGUUUCUCCGCGAUAUAGGUCGACCAAUUGGUCAUGGUCCAGGUGCAGUCUAUCGAAGACAUGGGUGCUUAUGUCAAGCUUCUCGAAUACGACAACAUCGAAGGAAUGAUUCUCCUUUCCGAGCUUUCUCGAAGACGUAUCCGUUCAGUCCAAAAACUCAUCCGUGUGGGCCGGAAUGAAGUCGUCGUCGUCAUGCGUGUGGACCCCGACAAGGGUUACAUUGAUCUUUCCAAGCGAAGGGUGUCUGCGGAGGAAGUCGUCAAGUGCGAGGAGCAGUACGAAAAAGGCAAGGCCGUCGACUCUAUUGUCACCCAAGUCGCCAAGAAGGGCGGCGUCACCCCGGAAUCGUUGUAUGAAAAGAUCGCUUGGCCUUUGCACCGACAAUACGGGCAUGCUUAUGAAGCUUUCAAACUCUCCAUCUCCGAACCCGACGUGGUCUUUGGCCCCCUCGGCCUCGACGACGAAACCCUCACCGACCUCCGCGCCGGCAUCGCCCGCCGCCUCACCCCCAAGCCCGUCAAAGUCCGCGCCGACAUCGAAGUCAAAUGCUUCUCCUACGCCGGUAUCGACGCCAUCAAGCGCGCCCUCACCGCCGGCGAGGCCGUCUCCACGGCCGAGGUGCCAAUCAAAGUGAGGUUGGUGGCGCCGCCGCUUUAUGUGAUGAGCACGACGAGUACGGAUAAGAAUGGGGCGAUCGAGUUGAUGGAGAAGGCGGUGGACGUUAUUAGUGAGAGUAUCAAGGCGGAUAAGGGGGAUAUCACUAUCAAGAUGAAGCCCAAGGUUGUGUCCGAGACCGACGACUUGGAGCUCAAGAAACUCAUGGAACAGUUCGAAGCUGCCAACAUUGACCAGGCAGGCGACGACGACUCUGACUCUGACGAGGAAUAAGUCGUGUCCUCUCUUGUCUUGUCACUGGUUCGGCGGGAGGUGGGGCUCGGCG